AUGUAUGUGUAUCUAUGGGUUUGCUGGAAACUGCUUUUUGAUCUAGAUACAGAGAAAAUUAACUUCGUUAUCUCCCUGGCUAAGCUAUCCACUGAUUUAAUGAUCAGCCUUAAAGACUAUAAUAACGAGCUUACCCAAACUCUGGAACACGUUCAACCCGCUUUGGAGGAAGUGUUUAGCCGUCUCAAUCUACGUAAGGAUAUUAGCCUUUCCAAGCUAUCUCGGAAAUGGCUUUUGUGUCUGCUUCCACCUACUAAGGAAGAAAAGACUGUUCUACGUGAAUCCGGUGUAGAGGGAGUUAUAGACUUCUAUGGUUAUAUCAAUAACUCCCGUAUAUCCGGCGGCGGUAUAAGAAGAAAACGCGAUAUCUAA